AUGGAGGUGUACGUAGAUGACCUGUUGGUGAAGAGCAAAGAGGCCGGACAACAUUUGGCAGACUUACGGGAAGCGUUCUCCGUCCUACAACAACACCGGAUGAAGCUAAACCCGUUGAAGUGUGCAUUCAGAGUUGAGAUGGAUUUCGGUGCUGAGUUCACCAAUUUCUCAAAAGAAGUUCUGAACACACCCCAAGGAAAGCCCUGGCAGGUCUACGUCGACUAUUCAUCCUACUGGGCUGGCAGGGGAGUAGAGGUGCACAUCGUCACCAAGCAAGGAGAGGAGCACGACUAUGUAGUCAAGCUGGCCUUCAAAACGACCAACAAUGAAGCUGAGUACGAAGUGCUCUUGGCCGGAAUGACCGUUGCACGAUUACUUGGAGACGAAGACAUAGAGGUGAGGGCAGAUUCUCAAGUGGUAGUCAGCCAAGUACUGGGGGAAUUUGCCACUAAGGGGGAGAGGCUAAAGAAGUAUCUCCAGUUGAUCUACAAGAAGCGCGACUGCUUCCACUACUUUAGCAUCCAACAAGAAGAACUCCUUCUUCCGAAACACACUGUAGUCAGGACGAUCAACGCCCCCUCCAUUGGGGCCGAAGUAUCUGUCACGACCCAAGCACCUCCCGAGUGGGCAACAGAUAUCCAAAAAUUCCUGCUGGAAAGGCAGCUGCCCAGUGACCCGGAAGAGGCACGAAAGGUCAGGAAUAGGGUGGCCUGGUUCACCAUGUUAGAAGGAGUCCUUUACAAUAGAGGUUUUUCGGAGCCACUCCUCAAAUGCCACUCAUCGAAUGAGCCCCAGUACGUGCUAGUAGAGAUUCACGAAGGGAUUUUCGGAAGCCACCUAGGAGUGAGGGCUCUUGCUGCAAGAGUGACCCGGGCUAGAUAUUAUUGGCCCCAUGUCCUCAAAGAUGUGGAAGACUUCGUCAAGAAAUGCCCAAAGUGUCAGGAGCACAAGCUGAUUCCUCACUGCCCGGCAGAGGAGCUGACAUCAGUCAUAGGCCCCUGGCCCUUCAUCCAAUGGGGCCUAGGCCUGAUUGGCUCAUUCCCUGCAGCAAGAGGAGGAGCCAAGUUUUUUCAUUAUCGCAGUCGAUUAUUCCACAAAGAGUGGUGCGCAGAGCUCGAAAUUAAAGUGAAGUACUCCUCGUUAGGACAUCCUCAAGCCAACGGACAGACCGAGGCAACUAACAAAACCCUCCUCUCCACGCUCAAGAAGAAAAUUAGGGCGCACAAAAGAGCAUGGGCCGAAGAGCUCCCAAGUGUGCGGACCCUCACCGGGGAGACACCCUUCAGCCUCACCUACGGCAGUCAAGCAGUAAUCCCCGUUGAAGUCAGACUCCCCACAUUCUGUGUCCAACAUUUCAACCCAGACACUAACAAUGAAAGGCUAGACGAGAACUUAGAUGCCCUGGAGGAGAGGGAGAAGAGGAAACGGUCUGGACGGUGA